CCCUCAACUCCGGUGGUGGGCUGUGGGGUUGGGCUAGCAGCUAGCGACACAUGAAUAUCCACGGAUUGGUGCGCAUGUAGCUAUGGUGGUUAUGGUUGACAAUGCCAGCGGAACUGGUCCGUCAAAUGGCAUACGACCCGCCUACAGCAGUUCCGUCACUUGUGCCUACGCAUCAUCAAAACCCACUGCUCCUUCCUCAAAUAUAUACAGGAGAAAGAGACACAAAAGUGAAUAAACAGCAACAGUGUUCUCAGCAUCCAUUACACACUUCAGCAGACCAACUGUCACUAUGAACCCACGGCUGACCAAGAGCCAGCAGAGAACAAUCUGCUCCCAGCUGGGGAGAGUCAGACUCCAGCUGCUGUACAAGGCCAGCAUCCAUGGUUUCACCGGAGCAGCCUUCCACCAACGAUGUGACACCCGCAGUCCCACAGUGUCUGUGGGAUAUAAUGGCUCUGGUUUUGUGUUCGGAGGUUACACCAAACAACCUUUCAGUCAGUCUGGACAGUAUGUGAAUGAUGACCAGGCCUUUCUUUUCACUUUCAGUGGAGAAAAGCUCCUCAGAUAUCCAGUCACUGGUCCUACUUAUGCAGUGAAAAUGAUAGGUAACUCUGGUCCAUAUUUUGGAGAAGCAUUGGUUCUUGUCAGUGGAAGUCAGCCUGUUGUCUGUAACAAUCCAGGAAAUUAUUACAACUUCAGUGCUGCAGAGAUGCAUGGCAACGACCUCAACCUGACUGAGUGUGAAGUCUAUCAAGUGGAGGAGACCAAAGAACUGGAGAAGCCAUGGAGGACUGUAAUCUGGGAAUCUGAGAUGAGGACAGAGCUGAUGGAGAGUAUUCAGAGCUACAAGCCGUCAGUCAGCUCUGUGUCCCAGGUUCGGGUUCUGCUCAUUGGACCAGUUGGAGCUGGAAAGUCGAGCUUCUUCAACGCUAUCAACUCUGUAUUCAGAGGCCACGUCACCAGCCAGGCCAUGUCUGGCAGCUCCACCACCAGCCUCACCACACAGUUUCGCUCAUUCUCUUUGAAAGCUGGAAGAGAAGGAAAGCCUCUGCCAAUCAUCUUGUGUGAUACCAUGGGACUGGAGGAAAACACAGGGUCUGGGCUUAAUAUUGAUGACAUCAGCAACAUCCUUAAAGGUCAUCUGCCAGAUCGAUAUCAGUUCAACCCCUCUGUUCCUCUGGAUUCGGAGGCCCACGGCUAUCGUAAGUCUCCAGUGCUCAAGGACAAAAUCCACUGUGUGGCCUACGUUGUUGAUGCCUGCAAAGUCUCCAUCAUGCCCACGAAACUGGAGGAGAAGCUGGAAGCCAUCCGCAGAAAGGUCAACUUAAUGGGGAUUCCUCAGUUGGUCCUGCUCACUAAAAUAGACGAAGCCUGCCCUUUGGUCAAAGAGGACGUGAGAAAUGUUUAUAAGAGUGACUACAUCAAGGAAAUGAUGCAGGAGGUCAGCACUCGGCUCGGUGUGCCUCUGUCCUGUGUUGUUCCGGUGAAGAACUACAGCGAGGAGUUGGAGUUGGAUCCAAACUGCGACAUCCUGCUGCUCUGCGCUGUCCAGCAGAUGCUUCGCUUUGCUGAUAAUUACUUUGAUGACAUCAGCGACCAAUUGAGCAACAUGGAAGUCAAAGUAUAGGAAGCAUUUGUGCAGCAGAUAUAAUAACCUGAGCAUCUGUAUUGAAAUGUCCCUCAACAUGAUCCAUCCAUUUACCAGCACUGUGCUCCUCUUCCUCAUUUUUCCCAGCACCUCUUGGAAUGCUGGGAGAUGUGGUGCCUCUUGUAUCACGUAGACCUCACUGCACCUCUGAUUUCUGGCUUCAGUCAGCUGUUCUCAUUUUGAUUGUGUCCCCAAAUAUUUGAUUUUCUUUCUUUUUUUUUUUUUUUUUACAUUUGACCUCAUGAAGUUUGGCACCAUUAUCCGUUUAUUGUAUGUUUUGCUUAUCUUUAUUAUUUCUGUGUUGCAUGUUCUGUACAUAACCUUACCUUCUUGUUGUAAAUACACUCAAUAACAAUAAAAGCUCUUGCUGGGCAGACCGGAUGUA